AUGUCAAUACCACCUUUCUUCCUCCUCUUGAUACUGACGAUCUACUCACAUCUCUCUGUUACAAACUCUAAAGAAGCUGGACUUGGAAUUUUCCCCAAAAUACCAAGGAAUGCUCCCGAUAGUCAGAGCCAAGAAGUAGAUGUUUCUACUGAUUCCGAUCGUAAUAUUUUAUAUUUUGAUCAGAACCUCGAUCACUUCACAUUCACGCCGAAAAGCUACAUGAAAUUUCAACAACGAUACGCCAUCGACUCCAAGUACUGGGAAGGUGCUAAAGCUAACGCACCGAUCUUAGCGUUUCUUGGAGAGGAAUCGUCGUUGGAUUCCGAUUUAUCCGGCAUAGGAUUCCUUAGCGAGAAUGGUCCUCGUCUAAAAGCUCUUCUCGUGUAUAUAGAGCAUAGGUUUUACGGGAAGAGUCUACCGUUUGGAUCGGCAGAAGAAACUUUGAAAAACGCAAGUACCCUGGGAUACUUAAACGCCGCGCAGGCCUUAGCAGAUUACGCAGCCAUUCUUUUGCACGUCAAAGAGAAAUUUUCUGCCAAACACAGCCCGGUAAUCGUCAUCGGAGGAUCCUACGGAGGAAUGUUGGCGGCAUGGUUCAAGCUAAAAUACCCGCACAUAGCACUCGGUGCAUUGGCAUCUUCAGCUCCUCUUCUUUACUUUGAAGAUACGCGACCGAAGUAUGGUUACUAUUAUAUCGUAACCAAGGUUUUCAAGGAAACGAGUGAGAGGUGUUACGACACGGUUCGUCAAUCUUGGGAAGAAAUUGAUAGAGUUGCUGCCAAACCCAACGGUCUCUUGAUCCUCAGUAGAAAAUUCAUGAUGUGCAAUCCUUUGAACGGAACCUUCGCACUAAAAAACUAUCUCGAUUCCAUUUACGCUACGGUAGCUCAAUACAGCAACAAUUUUUAUUCGGUUGCCACCAUAUGCGAGGCGAUUAACAGCCCACCAAACGACAAGGACGAUCUAUUAGGGCAAAUCUUCGCAGGCGUUGUUUCUUUUAUGGGCAACAAAACUUGUUACGAUACAUCUUUGGAGCCCACAAACGCCUACAUGGCAUGGAAAUGGCAGCGAGAUGGUCAUGAAAAAGAAGAUACAAUGUUCCAGACGAAACCCUUUAAUAUGAGUACAUUCACAGAAGAAUGUGAAGUGAAUUACGGUGUCCCUCCUCGUCCUCAUUGGGCCACCGCUUACUUCGGGAUUCAGGAUGUCAAGUUAAUCCUUCGUCGAUUUGGAAACAACAUUAUAUUCUCGAAUGGAUUGUUAGAUCCGUAUAGUGCCGGCGGAGUUUUGGAGGAUAUAUCAGCCACCGUAGUCGCCAUCACGUCAAAAUACGGCUCUCAUUGUCAAGACAUUGUCUUUAAAAGCCGAGAAGACCCGGAUUGGCUAGUGAUCCAAAGGAAGAAAGAAAUCGAGAUAAUCAAGUCUUGGAUUUCGACCUACAAAAGAGAUAUGAGAGAUCUCAACAUAUCGGUUUAG